UUGCCUGCCUAUCCUGCGACCGUUAUCCGACCCACCACCCUCUACUCUUCGCAGCCCUCGAUAACACAAGCAGACCAACUCGGACAUACCGACUGGACUCGGGGAACGAGGAGGAACCGAGGCGCAUGAGACGACGGACAAUAAGCCUCCUUGUGGCUUCGAAAGACUCCCAUCUUUAAAACUCGGCUCUAUUUCAUGAAAGUCACCAUGGCGGACCGAGAAAGCCGGGAAUACGACGAGACCGAGGGGUCGCUGGACCCGGAGAUGCUCUAUACGAAGGAAUUCUGCAUUGGUGGCGGUAGCUUCGGCAAGGUCUACAAAGGUGUGGACAAGCGAACCGGCCAGUCCGUCGCCAUUAAGGUCAUCGACAUUGAGAGCGCCGAGGACGAGGUGGAGGACAUCAUCCAAGAGAUCUCCAUUCUAUCAGAGUUGCAGUCACCCUAUGUCACCAAGUACUAUGGGUCCUACGCCAAGGGUGCUGAGCUAUGGAUCGUCAUGGAAUUUUGUUCAGGCGGCAGCUGCGCCGAUCUCAUGAAGCCGGGCCUCAUCGGGGAGGACUACAUCGCCAUUAUUGUCCGCGAGCUACUCCUUGGGCUCGACUACUUGCACUCAGACAAGAAAUUGCACCGAGACAUUAAGGCGGCGAAUAUCUUGCUUUCUUCUAACGGCCAAGUCAAGCUCGCCGACUUCGGAGUCUCUGGCCAGCUUUCGGCAACCAUGACCAAGAAAAACACCUUCGUGGGGACGCCAUUUUGGAUGGCACCCGAGGUAAUCAAGCAGAGCGGCUACGAUCACAAAGCCGACGUUUGGUCACUAGGAAUCACAGCGCUGGAGCUUGCCAACGGGGAGCCCCCCUAUGCAGACAUCCACCCCAUGAAGGUGCUUUUCCUGAUCCCCAAGAACGCGCCACCGCGGUUAGAAGGGAAUUUCACGAGGGCUUUCAAGGACUUUGUCGAGCUCUGCCUACAACGCGACCCCAAAGACCGGCCGUCAGCCAAGGAGAUGCUCAAGCAUCCUUUCGUUAGAAGAGCCAAGAAAACGAGCUACUUAACAGAACUCAUUGAGCGGCACAGCCGAUGGGCCGUCACCCAUAAGCAGGACGACGACGACUACGAUCACGAUGACGGCUACCAGGUUGAGAAUCGAGGGCCUGUUAACGAGGACAUGUGGGACUUUGGAACCGUCCGUCUGGUCAGUGAAAGAGGCAAUCUGGUCCACAGACCGGGUUUGCUUAACCCUAUGGGGGAAUCGGCCACAAAUGCGCGGUCUUCUUCUAGGGCACUCGAUGCGCCCGACGACCAAGACGAUGGAAGGCGAGAAGCUAGCCCAACCAAGUUUGCUACAGACACGAGGGAUACCCUCAAAGGGACGGGCGCCUCUAGACAAUCAUCCCCUCAAAGGAAACCGGUGUCAGGACCAGCUAUCGCCCCAUUGUCGCCGAGCAAAGUACCACUCCCGCCGUCGCCUCAAAAACCCUUCACCGGGCCCGAGACCCCCCGUGCAUCCCUCGUAUCAAAACCCAUGCCACCUAUCCCGGCGACGAGCUCCCCGGACUACGACCGCGUCUUACAGGAACAUUUGCAGCGCGAGAUGGGCGUUAUGAACCUCGGCUCGGCCAUGCAGCAACAGAGCCCUUCAAACCACUCGACAGCAUCUUCGUCAAGGCCCAACCCAAUGAGGAUUCCAGAGAUCCCGCCCUUCCGGGGAGCAUCACAACAGCACCAGCCGCCGUUCCUCCGGCCUCCUCCAGGUCUCAACCCCCACCCGCAACCGCUCCAACCGCAGCCCCUCCAGCCACAGCCUCUUCAAACCAAGAGCACCGCCCAACCUGCAGUAUACCAGUUCUACCCGCAACAACAACCCCAGCUACAACCCCAGCAACCCCAAAAGCCCUCCUACUCCAGCCAGAACAUCCAACCCCUCAUCUCCAAAGAACUCCCGCGGCCCCUCCCCAACCCGCUCGACGGCGGCUCCUCCGCCCCGCUCUCCUUCCCCACGCCGUCCCCCUCCAACCCGGACAGCGACCUGGACGCGCUCAACGACGUCAUCUUCCCCGCGCUCGAGGAGGCCCUCAAGCGCCGCCAGAUCCACCUGCAGCAGGCCUACCGCGCCGAGCCGGGCAUGCCCCUGCCCCCCGUCACCCCCAAGCAGCAGCGCGCCGAGGCCGCCCACGAGAAGGUCCGCAAGCUGGUGUACAAGCUGGCGCAUGUCUGCAAGGAGAUUGAUCACUUUGACAAGGCGGAGCCGGUGGGCAUGGGGAAGGAGGUCGGGACGUUUUUGGAGGGGUUGUUGGAGGAGAUUUUGGUCAGGGUCGAGCCGUUGGAUGAGGAGGAGGGUGGUGCUGCUUGAGCAGGGCUGGGUGGGGGGCGGAGGGUGAAGGGGGUGGUGUAUGAGUACCCAGUCAGAUGUUGCUCGUGCUGAUCAUGGCUACGAGCAGGUGUUGGGCGAGACGGGCUGAAAGAGUCGAUGUGAUGAUGAUGAUGAUGGCUGUGUGGGAGGCGUUGGCUGAUACCAUUGGAGCUGGGGCGAAACGGGCCGUUAUGUGUCUGGGAGUGCGCUAUAUAUUUCGCUUUGUCUUUUGAUGAUAGUUGUUAGAGUCGCGAGAGCUACUGUUGGUGUCUUGGCGUUAGGGAAAUACACAUGUUGGUGGCCUCACUUCACGUUGGUAUGCAAGGUCUUUCUCUAGGUCAGUAUGAACUAAUGGGUCUAGAUUAUCAUUCAUCUCCAGGUGCUCAGUUGCAU